AUGUCAGCACCCAUCCCACAACUAGUAAACAUUUCACACGCCUUGCAAUCAACCACAAUACAGCAGAUCCGUGCGGACGUUGUAGAUUUCAACUCCACCCCAUUCCUAUCUCAAGAACAAUUCAAUAAGAUUGAUAACUAUUUAACUUCUUUAAAUUUAGCUUUGACUCAAUUCACAAAUGAUAAUCAACAUAUUCAGAGAAAAGAGAUGGGUGUUACUGAAGCAGAUAUUCAAUUAUUUAAUGGGCUAAAAUCAAUGUACUCAGAUUAUCUGUUGCAAUUAUCCAAUUUGAAGAAUUUGAAGAUACAGCAAUUGCAACAACACUUUCAACAACAGCAGCAGCAACAACAGCAACAACAACAACAAAUUUCUCCUCCAGCGCCCGAACCGGUGCAAAAACCAAUAGAUAUAUUCGAAGAUCCACCAACUUUCAUAAAUAAAGAAUUUAACAAUUUGAAACCAAUUCAAAGGAAAAAUUAUAUCAAUGCAAUCUUACAAGAUGAAAAAUUAAUAGCUAAAUUUAGCAAGAAUCCUAUACUGUUGGAAACAAUUGCCAAUUUAUGUAUAUUGGAUUCGGAAUUUAGUGACAAUAUCUUGGCUUAUAUUACCUUCUUGAAGAAAAUUGGCUACUCCGAUCUGGAAAUUAAAGGGAAUAUGAAUAGAAGUUCUUCAUCUUCGGGUAGUAACAGUAGUAAAGAAAAAUUAACAAAACGAUCGAGAGCUAGCUCAAAGUUGAAAAAACCUUCUACCUCGUCAACUACAGCUAAAACAACAACAACAACAGCAGCAACAACAGCUACGAAGACUGCCACGUCUUCAAAACUGUUGAAACCAAGAACUACAACAACGACGGUGAAGAAAAAAAAGGAUAAGUUGAUAUCGUCAAGUCCCGAGAAAGUGAAGAAGCCACAUAUUCAUAUUGCUACUCCAAAGAUGAGUGAAAAUUCAAAUUCAACGAAAACUGAAUCAGAACAGAAGAAAGAUGCUACCCCAGAUGAUCGUGCAAAUAAUAUUAAUACCAAUGAUGCUCUAAGUUCUUCUCAACCAAAGCUUGACUCGAAAAAGAAGAUCUCCUUCUCUAAAUAUUUAAAAAGUGAUAUUGCCGUAGAGGAAACAAGCAAGAAAAGACCGCUUCCUGAUGAUGAGCCCAGUGACUCAUCAUCAUCUUCUUUUUCUUCAUCAAAUUCCACCUCCAUUCAACUUAAGAAACCACGAAGCACAUCUGAUGUCAAAGUAGGUAAAUCUAUUUUGAAGAAAAGAACGACGAUGCCAACGGCAGGUAAGACUCCAACAAAUUCAAUCAAAUUCAUUUCAGAUCCUAAAUUGAUUACUGUGUACGGUGAUGACUUGCCAAAUCAUGGUUUAAUCGUUUCUCCCAUUGAGUUGAAGAAGAUAUUAAAACCAUUUAAAGAGGGCGAACCAAAUGAGGUCCUACAUUUGGAAAACUUUACAUCAAAACCUAUCCCAUUACAACCAUCACUAGACCUAACCUCAUCUCCAGAUUUAUAUUCCGAUAUUGUCGAUAUUAAAGGGGGUCCUAUUAAUUGUGAUACUAAUACCCCAAUGCAUUAUAGAACUAGUUUCACGAAUUUUAGUAGCAGUUUGAAACAACAACAACCUAGAGAUCCAAUAAUAGUAGAUGAAGAGGAUAUCAUCGAAAAGAGCAAAAAUACAAUGGGGAGAAAAUUGUAUAGAAAUCCUAUAAUUGCAAGAGCAUUUGGGGAAAAUAAACUACUGUUAAGGAAGGAUAGAGGUGGAUUACCAUAUAAUAAUAAGCCACCCAUAGUGGUUAGAAAUAAUUACCCAAUAAAAUCCUCAAGGUAG